GAAUGAGAGACGCCGACUGCUCGGGUCGCCGGGCGCUAGCCUAGGCGGUGGUGGCCGGCGGUGGUGGCGGCGGCGACGACGAAACCUGAAGCCGGCGUCGUCUUCCCAUCCUUCGAAGCGACGGCCGCGGCUGCACAGGAAUAAUAAUGUAUUUGUGGCCUUGGACAUUGAAGCAGUCAGUCUUCUGUUGCUGUUAACAUAGCGUUAAGGACUGAUGUUGUGGGAAGCAUGGACCUGAUGAACGGGCAGGCAAGCAAUGUUAAUAUUGCUGCUGUUACUUCCGAGAAAAGUAGCAGUUCCGAAUCAUUAAGUGACAAAGGUUCCGAACUGAAGAAAAGCUUUGAUGCUGUGGUAUUUGACGUUCUUAAGGUUACACCAGAAGAAUAUGCGGGUCAGAUAACACUAAUGGAUGUUCCAGUAUUUAAAGCCAUUCAGCCAGAUGAGCUUUCAAGUUGUGGAUGGAAUAAAAAAGAAAAAUACAGUUCUGCACCAAAUGCUGUUGCCUUCACACGAAGAUUUAAUCAUGUAAGCUUUUGGGUUGUUAGAGAAAUUCUUCAUGCUCAGACGUUAAAAAUUAGAGCAGAAGUUUUGAGCCAUUAUAUUAAAACUGCUAAGAAGCUGUAUGAGCUGAAUAACCUUCAUGCACUUAUGGCGGUGGUUUCUGGCUUACAGAGUGCCCCAAUCUUCAGGUUGACUAAAACAUGGGCGUUACUAAGUCGAAAAGACAAAACUACCUUUGAAAAAUUAGAAUAUGUAAUGAGUAAAGAAGAUAAUUACAAAAGGCUAAGAGACUAUAUAAGUAGCUUAAAGAUGACGCCUUGCAUUCCCUAUUUAGGUAUCUAUUUGUCAGAUUUAACAUAUAUUGAUUCAGCAUACCCAUCAACCGGCAGCAUUCUAGAAAAUGAGCAAAGGUCAAAUUUGAUGAAUAACAUCCUUCGAAUAAUUUCUGAUUUACAGCAGUCCUGUGAAUAUGAUAUCCCCAUGUUGCCUCAUGUUCAAAAAUACCUGAACUCCGUUCAGUAUAUAGAAGAACUACAGAAGUUUGUGGAAGAUGAUAAUUACAAGCUUUCAUUAAAGAUAGAACCAGGGACAAGCACGCCACGCUCUGCUGCUUCGAGAGAAGAUUUAGUAGGUCCUGAAGUAGGAGCAUCUCCACAGAGUGGGAGAAAAAGCAUGGCAGCUGAAGGAGCCUUGCUUCCACAGACGCCACCGUCCCCUCGGAACCUGAUUCCACAUGGACACAGGAAGUGCCAUAGCUUGGGCUAUAAUUUCAUUCAUAAAAUGAACACAGCAGAGUUUAAGAGUGCAACAUUCCCAAAUGCAGGGCCAAGACAUCUACUAGAUGACAGCGUCAUGGAGCCCCACGCACCAUCUCGUGGCCAAGCAGAAAGUUCUACUCUUUCUAGUGGAAUAUCAAUAGGUAGCAGUGAUGGUUCUGAACUAAGUGAAGAGACUUCAUGGCCUGCUUUUGAAAGGAACAGAUUAUACCAUUCUCUCGGCCCGGUGACACGAGUGGCACGAAAUGGCUAUCGAAGCCACAUGAAGGCCAGCAGUUCUGCAGAAUCAGAGGAUUUGGCAGUGCAUUUAUAUCCGGGAGCUGUUACUAUUCAAGGUGUUCUCAGGAGAAAAACUUUGUUAAAAGAAGGCAAAAAGCCUACGGUAGCAUCGUGGACAAAGUAUUGGGCAGCUUUGUGUGGGACACAACUUUUUUACUAUGCUGCCAAAUCUCUAAAAGCUACAGAAAGAAAGCAUUUCAAAUCAACAUCAAAUAAGAACGUAUCUGUGGUAGGAUGGAUGGUAAUGAUGGCGGAUGACCCAGAACACCCAGAUCUCUUCCUGCUGACUGACUCUGAGAAAGGAAACUCAUACAAGUUUCAAGCUGGCAACAGAAUGAAUGCGAUGCUGUGGUUCAAGCAUCUGAGUGCAGCUUGCCAGAGCAACAAGCAGCAGGUUCCUACAAACUUGAUGACUUUUGAGUAAAAGCCUAAGAAAGAAGCAAGGUGAACUAUUGCCCCUAAGUGAGAGCAAGUUGCUGAUGAAAGUGCCAGCUAUAAGCCAGCUCUGCACCUGGAGGAGCCCAGAGGGUGCGUCUCAGCCUUUGGUGUUCUGAACCAAAAAAGCACUAAUUUCAGGGAAUGAAGUGAGAUAUUCCCAGAGAACAAAUUGGAGUUCUAAAACAAACUGCCAUGGACCACGCUUCUUUUCUCUGAACUGACCUGCGGAAACCACUGCCUUAAAAGAAUGAAAGGAAAACCAACAUGAAACACCAAAUAGUGUGUGUGAAUCUUCUGGCGGUGUUGUGCUUGGAAUAGAUCGUAGCUAAUUUGCAUUUCUUUUAACUUUGUACUAAUUUUGGAGGGGGGAAUCGCCUUUUUUUUAGAUACACUUUAAAAAGGAAAAGCAUUGCUUAUGGGUUAUAUGAGGGGCUGGUGUUGAACGGAGGCAUGAAGAUGCUCUGCCCGAGAGGAGUGGGGUGUGCCCAGCCGCCUGACCUGGGGCUGGGGGGCACUCUCUGCUCCCAGUCGUGUGCGGCCCCCCUGGCUCUCCCACGGCUACAGUUUCAGAAUUAGACAUGUUCAUAAUAUGAGUUGUUGGGGUUCGUUUGGGAUUGAGGGCGGGGGUUAUUUGGGAUGAGGGGAGUUUUGUUUUGUUUUGUUUUUUAACACUAAACUUGGGAAAUUUAGAACUGUAUGGGGAACAUCAUUUCUUAGAGGAGGCAUCAAGGCUGAAUGUUCCUAGUCCAAACACUUUUCAAGUGGGCUCCAGAAAACAUGGUUGUUUUUAACUGGGUUUAAAAUUUAGCCUUCUGUAUGAAUUCAUUGUUGGACUACAAAUCUGCUUAGGAAAGAACCAUAAUCCCAGUCUAAACUUUUCUGGGGUUUUACAGUAAUUACAUUUUUUUUUUCAAGUUAAUUGAAUUAUCCCUUCUACCAGUCACUGGUGAUUUUUGUCGUCAAGAUGAUAUACUGAUCUUUCAUCAGGAUAUUUUCUUUUACAGUGUUUAAUGUACACAAUGCCAGGUUUUUUUUUUUAUUACUCAUGUUCAUUAUUUUUGUUAAAUAUGAGAUUCAGGAUCACAUUUGUUUAAAAGAGCUUCCACAUAUGUAUUUGUAUAUGUAUUUUAUUAUAAGGCACACAAAAUAAUUUAAAAAGGGAAGAAGGUGAAAGAUUGAGAUUCUGGGAAUCUUAAGUAUCAAAACUUUCCUUCCUAUAUGUAACUUUCCUUUAUUACAAAACACUUUUCUAAAAACGUACUAUAGGUCCCAGCCAUGAAACCAUAUUUUGUCAGUAGUUGGCCAAGCUGUUUUGGGAGAGCUCUUCCAUGCAACAGCGCAUUUAAUUUCCAGAAUAAAUGUUGAAUUGCAGAAAGAAAGAAAAAAGUCUCAAGGUGAACUGCCUUCGAGUUUUAACAAAAAAUGGCAUUUUAAUAAAGGCCACACUUUAGAUGUUAGAAACUCAUGGGGCAUCCUAUAGUUUAGCAGUGGCCCAGAAUAAGAAAUGCUUUUUGACUGAUCUCUUCCAAUAAACUUGUAAUACUUUGAGCCUCACAUAAAAUUUCUCACAUUUGCAUUCUUAAAGAAUUUCAUACUUUUUUUUAAGUAAUCUUGAGGCCAUGAAGCUUAAAUAUUAAAUAGAAAAUAUUGCCCACAGGAUAAUUAGCUAAGAGUCUAUCCAGAGGAAAGUAGAAGAGCUUUUGGAAAGGAUGUUAAGAGUUCAGAUAUUUUUCUCAUAUAGCACAGUUAGAAAUUACCAUUAUUUCCGGUUUUGUGGACAGUGACGUGGGCUGGAGAGGGCAGAAUAUUGCCUAUGCUAAGUGAUUACUCAAUUAAUGAUCUCCCAGGCUUAACCCACGUUGGGUACAUAGAGACCACCUGCAUCGCCAGCAGUAUUACUAUAUAGACCUUGCACAUCUUUCAUUUUACAUUUUUUAAAUUCCUUAAUUGUGUAUUUUCUCUUCAGAAAUAAGUUUUUAACAGUGUAUGUGCUUUUUAAAAAUACUGUGGAUAAGAAAGAACCCUGUGGAUUUUUUUAUGAUUAUUUUGUUUGUCAUAAAUAAGCUACUAGAUACAUUUAACCAUAUUUAGCUUAACCAUAUUUGAGGAGAUUUGCAACUGGAAGUCAGAGCCUGACAUCACACCAUGCCAAAGAGAGAGCUAAACUGGAAGGUGUGUUUGAUGUUUCAGCUCUAACAUUAAGGUAUACGUGCACAGGGAAAGAAUAGUGUUCAGAUUUGGUGAAUAGUCCUCGUAUAGAAUUGCGGCCUCUGACUGAGCAAAACUCUUUUAACUGUGCGGUAAAAGUAGACAUGGUUCUUCUCUCUUCAAAUCUGUCUAUUCAAAAGAUUAGAUAGUGCUUUUGAAGAUUAUUUUAGCAUUUGAAACAAAUGGAAACCAGUCAGCUUAGGUGAGUUUUCAAUCUAUAAUUCACCAAACGACAUAAUAAUUCAAGCAAAGAAAAUAGGUCACCAAAAUAUAUUAAAUAUUUAGGUAGUUUAUUAGUAGGAAGAUGAAAUUUUUUUCUUCUUAUUAAGCUUAUGCUUAUUUAGUAAAUCAGUGACUCAAAAGCUUGAAAUUUCUAUCAUAUUAAGCUCAUUUGUUUCUCUCCUAGCCAAGAACAACUCAUUAGAAAUUCCAUUAUAAUUUAAAUUUAAGCUAAUUUAUGAAAAGCAUAAAUAUUGGCAUACAGUCUGGUGUAUUAGUAUAUAAUACUAGCCAAAAUACAGUUUGACGCACAUCUCAUAUUUUUCCACAGUUUAUCUGACCAUAAAAGCUUAUUUUCACACAGAAGUAACAUCAGUUUUUAAAAUACAACUAUAAAAAGAACUAUAAAACUAUACAACUAUACGAACUAUAGUUAUAUAGUUUACACAAUUAUAAAAACAAUAAUGACCUUCAGAGGUCAUUUGGUUUCAUGCCCCCUCUGUGUUUGGACUUUGCUUUAUUUUUUUCAGAGGUACUAUUUUUACUAUAAUCUCCAGACUAUAAGCUUUGAAAGAGAACUGAUCAAACAUACCUUCUAUAGCAUUUUCUUCACUAUGUAAAUAUUAUUUGUAUAAAUAUAGCAAAAAGGGAUCCAAACAAUACCUAUUUUUUUUUCCUCCCUGGGUAUGUGCUCCAAGGACAAUUAUUUUUCUGUGUAGAAAACGCCAUACAACUGUCACACUACCUUUUGUGCAGACUGUCUUGGUAUUGAGUCUUUCCAUAUGUCAAGAGUUAGGGUAUUCUUUGCUCCCAAGUUUUUGUAAGUGGCUUGAUUUCUCUUACAGUUUACUUCUAGAAGAGCCCAAGGAGCACUGCUGAUAUAGCGGGGGAAUGGUUGCUGACUGUGGUGUAUGCAGCCCACGGAUUAGUUGAACUGUGGACCCCGGGAUUACUAGAAUUUACCUGGCCCCCUGAGUUGAGCAGUCUUCCAAGCUUAAACCUGUGAGCCGUACACCUUUCCUACUGAAAACACCUUUCUAAAACUAUACGGCAUUAAUUGGAAAUCCAUAAUAAUAAUAAUAAUAGUAGACUUCAUCCAUUAACUUUUUAGAAGAAUGUAUCCACUAUUGAUUUCCUUUUUGUUUUCUGAGGUACAUUCCUUUCCAUCCAUUCUUAAACCACCAUAUUACCUUCUUCUGCCAAUAAGGGGGAACAGUGUUGCUUCGCAGAGAUAAUCUCUAAUAAAAGAACUCCUCUGCUUCAGAGGCUUUUGAAAUCCUUGGAUCCCUUUUUGAAAGUGAAGAUGAGCUUGCCCGGGCCCCGAUGGAACAGUGGCACUGCUGUUGCACAAGGAGACGAUACAGAGCAUGUGGUGAGGCUUGCCUGGCCUUUUUGGUGAUCUUCUAGGGCUUGCUUUCAUUUUCUCUCUCCUUUUAUACUACUUUUUCAAGCAUAGUAAAUUUAUGGUUUUACAGCCAGAUUGGUAUUCUGUUUUUUCUAAGCUUUAAGAUACAAACAUUGUUAUUUAAUCACAUUGAUGAGCAUUAUUUUCAGCGUGAAGUCAACCGUUUCAAAAUGAUCUAAGUCCUUUUUGGUCUUGCUCCCCUAAAAAUGGCUUGUAAUUAAAGUGACUUUUUUUUCCCCAUUUAGAGGAUUCUGAUGAAAGAUCUGUACAUGCAAACUCUUAAAAGUUGUUGAGAGCAAUUUCAUUACACCAGUAUCUUAAGCUGUAGUGUGGGGAAAGUUUGGUCAGUGCCUUAACAAUUUGAAGACCAAUUUUAGGGCAUCAAGUAUGACAAUAAUCAUUUGCCCUCUAAACUCCUUUUAUUUCAGGAGUGUGUGCUAUCCCUCUCUCCACCAGCUUACUCUUUGUCCCGGCAAGUGUAAGAGAGUCUGUAGAGAUGCCUCUGGGUCAUUGCCGCAGCCCUCCUAGGUCAUGAGUCUUUUCAGACAAGCUCCCUCCCUCCUCCUCUCCUGAUGAAAACCCCAUCAAAUCAACCUUUAGAUGAGCACUUUUAAAAACAGCUUUGAAGCACGUCCAUACAGCUGAGUUUGUUUUUAUGUUGUGUUGGUGGUAGUGGUGGUUUUGAGCAUCGGUUUAAUUAUAAGGCCUUUUAGAAAAUCCCUAAAAGAAUACAUUACAGCCAGAAAGAAUUUGUUUGGGGUCUUAUUAAAGCUACUGAAGUCUUGCCAUGAGAUACAACCAAAAAUGAAGUUGAGAUUGCUUCAUUCUUAAAUUUAAAUAAGACUCAGAACAAACAGGCAGUCACUUAACCUACCAGAUACUAUUGUUUCAUUAGAAAUACUAUGGCAGGAACAUGAAAACAAUUCCAAUAUAUAAAUUGAAAGGGAAGCUAAGAGACUAGCUUUCUUAGUCAAAACAAAACUUGGAAGCAUUUUGCUUCUCUGAGACUCUUAAAAGAUCUGAAGCUACUGUUCAACUGAGUCAAAAUUAUAUUUUCACAUUUUUUAAGGGCCAGUAUGUUCUGGAAUAGGGAAGUAGACAUAGUCUUUAAAGCCAGAUCAAGGGUUGACUGAUCCUUCAGGGUUAGUAGUAGUAGUUAAAUUUUGCUUCUAGCAUUUGGCCUGUGAAGUGGUGAUGGAAUUAAAGGAAUGGAAUGUAAAAGUGCUUUGAAAGGAUUGAAGUUUUUUUUAAUAGACCAGCUGAAAAUUUUAUAAAUAUUCAUGUGCUUUAGAUAUCAGUUAGCGAAUAUUCCAUUUCCUCUAAAGAUACUAUCACCUAUUAGGACUAUUCACAAAUACAGUCCAAUAAUCAUUGACUUGUCAGGCCAGACACAGUAGCUGCUUAUAAGUCACCAGACUCUGAAGAGUUUCAACAUCUUAAUUGUUGACAAAUGUACUGUUUUUACAACCCACUGAAGCGUGUAUAUGUGGGGAGGGGGUGGGGAACUCGUUCACAGUGUAAUCUAAAGGAGAUAAACAUCUGUGGGGGUACAUAGCCGAUGAGGAUGAUGAGAUACAGGAAAACACAAGCCAUUUUUAUUCUUUAUUCCAGUUAACUUGAAGUACUCUAAUGAUGAAGCACUCGAUUGCACUAUGACCUCCCUGAGUGAUGUGCAGCUUGGUUCCUCUCUCACUUUUUGUUUCUCCUUAAUAUGCAGAUGUGAGUGUGAGAUCUUCAGUGUGUUUGCAUAAGCUAACUUAAAAUGAAUUUAAGUACAGUUUUCUGAAAUAUUUCUAUUGAAAUAAAUUACUUAAAAAUA